AUGCGAGACUGCAAUCAAGACAGAACUAACAGCAAUCCAGCAAAAGAUAGCCCUCUUGAUCGUUUACCGUACGCAGUGGAGGCGCCCUUUAACUCGUUUUCCCGACAACACGACGGUGACGACACCACGUGCCUUGACAACACCCGAGUCGACGUCCUCCAGGAAAUAUACAACUGGGCAGAUGGUGAAGACAAGAGAGGCAUCUUCUGGCUAAACGGCUUGGCCGGCACAGGAAAGUGGACAAUCGCACGAACUAUCGCCCGCAAAUACUACGAGCAGAAGCGUCUCGGAGCGAGUUUCUUCUUCUCAAGAGGCGGUGGAGACGUCGGCCAUGCUGGUAUGUUCAUUACGACUAUUGCCCACCAGCUUGCGGAUAACGUACCACCUCUCCGGCAAUACAUUUCCCAAGCUAUUGAGGAUUGUAGCGGUAUUGUGAGCCACGCUCUCGGCGACCAGUGGCGUCGGCUUAUCCUCGGUCCGUUAUCUCAGCUGGAUGGCGACUCCCAGUAUAUUCUUGUAAUUGAUGCUCUUGAUGAAUGUGACAGUGACAAGAACAUUCAGACCAUUCUGAGACUGUUGGCCAAAGAUCGGACAGUCCGACUACGAGUUUUCCUGACGAGCAGACCUGAGACUCCAAUCCGAUAUUCCUUCCGUGAAAUACCCCAGGCUGAGCACCAGGACUUUAUUCUCCACGAUAUAUCGCCAAAGACUGUAGGUCACGAUAUCUCUAUCUUCCUGGAACACAAUUUCAAAAUCAUUAGGGACGAACGCGAACUGGGUACAAGCUGGCCGAGCCAACGGAAAAUUGACCGUCUAGUCCAGAAUGCAGGCGGUCUCUUCAUAUGGGCUGCAACUGCUUGUAUGUUCAUUCGCAAAGGGUUCGUCGUUGAAGAAAAACUGGACAUGCUUCUUGAAGGCGAUAACUCUACUAAUACACCAGAAAAUCAUCUCAGCAAGAUCUAUAUCACUGUCUUGAAGAAUUCGAGCCGAGACUACACCGAGCAAGACAAACAAAGCUUGUAUAGAAUGCUAAGAGUCAUUCUUGGAAGUAUCGUUAUUCUAUUCGAGCCCGUUUCCGCGGGCUCCUUAAGCAAGCUACUCUCUAUUACGAGACAUAUGGUUAACCAGGCGCUAAAGGAUCUUCAUGCUAUCCUAGCUAUCCCAACGGACCAAGCACGCCCCCUCCGCCUACACCAUCCUUCAUUUCGCGACUUUCUUCUCGAUAAAGAUAGGUGCGGUGAUUCAAAUUUCUGGGUGGACGAGAAGCAAGCCCAUUUGAUGUUAGCUGAUCGCUGUAUACAACUUAUGUCCUCCCUCAAGCAAGAUAUCUGUGGCCUGCACGAUCCGGGUGUCCUCCUAACCACUGUGAAAACCAGUCAAGUGGAGCAAUUCCUUCCUCCAGAGGUUCAGUAUGCGUGCCGGUAUUGGGUGUCGCAUCUCCAAAGGAGUAGUGCUCACAUCUUUGACAAUGACAAAGUUCAUCGGUUCCUGCGGGAGCAUCUGCUUCAUUGGCUUGAGGCCCUUAGCUGGAUGCAGAAAAUCUAUGAAGGAAUUCGUGCAAUAAUUUCGUUAGAGUCUAUUGCUUCGACUAGUGACUGUCCUCUCUUCUACAAGUUCAUCCAUGAUGCAAAACGAUUUGCCCUGUAUAAUCGACCUGUAAUGGAGCAGGCCCCCCUCCAGAUAUAUCUCAGUGCACUGAUAUUCGCACCAACGAACAGCAAAGUCCGAAAUGAAUUCCAAGCCCCGGAACUUUGCCGGAUGAAGAGAUUGCCUGAUACUAGACAGCAUUGGAGUGCCUUAUUGCAGACCCUUGAGGGCCAUACUCUUUGGGUGAACACGGUCACCUUCUCAGAGGAUGGGGACAUGCUAGCGUCAGGGUCACAAGAUGGCACAGUACGGCUCUGGGAUCCGACUACUGGACAGUGCCUACAGACUCUCGAGGCCCAUAAUAGCCCGAUAAUCACAGUCGCCUUCUUCUUAAAGGACGAGGAGAUGCUAGAGUUAGGGUCAGCGUCAGAUGAUGGCACAGUGCGGCUCUGGGACCUGGCUACUGGACAGUGCCUGCAGACCCUCAAGUGCGGCAGGGUAAGCAUGGUCGCCUUCUCAAAUGACGGGAAGACGCUAGCGUCAGCGUCAGGAUGGUUUACUAAGACGGUACGGCUUUGGGACCUGACCACCGGACAGUGCCUACAGACCCUCGAGUGCGACAGGGUAAGCAGGAUCGCCUUCUCUAAGGACGGGAGCACGCUAGCGUCAGCAUCAUUCGAUAACACGGUACGGCUCUGGGACCUAACUACCGGACAGUGCCUGCAGACCUUCGAGUGCUACGAUAUAAACAAGACCGCCUUCUCUAAGGACGGGAACAUGCUAGCGUCAGUAUCAGUAUCGUCAGAUAACGCUGUACGGCUCUGGGACCUGACUACCGGACAGUGCCUGCAGUCCCUCGAGUGCGGCAGGGUAAGCACGAUCGCCUUCUCCAAGGACGGGAACACGCUGGCGUCAGGAUCGUCGUGGGAUAACACGGUACGGCUCUGGGACCUGACUACCGGACAGUGCCUACAGACCCUCGAGGGCCAUAAUGGCCGGGUAAACACGAUCGACUUCUCCAAGGACGGGAACACGCUGGCGUCAGGAUCAUUAGAUAACACGGUACGGCUCUGGGACCUGACUACCGGACAGUGUCUACAGACCCUCGAGGGCCAUAAUGGCCGGGUAAACACGACCGCCUUCUUUAAGGACAGGAAUAUGCUCGCGUCAGGAUCGUCGCUAGAUGGUACGGUACGCCUCUGGGACCUGACUACCGGACAGUGCCUACAGACUCUUGAGUGCGACGGGGUAAGCAGGAUCGGCUUCUCUAAGGACGGGAACACGCUGGCGUCAGUAUCGUUCAAUAACACGGAACGGUAUUCAUCGUUCGAGGACACAGUUGGGCUCUGGGACCUGACUACCGGACAGUGCCUACGUAUCGUCGAGCCUAUGGCGACAAGCUUACACAUUAGAAAUCCGGUCAUUUAUCAUGAUCCGGGACAGCCAAAAUCUGUUGUCAAUAUGUGGGUCACCCAAGGUACACAGAAACUUCUGUGGCUUCCACAAGAGUACAGAAAUCCCUUACAUUCAGCUGUCCAUGAUAACAUGCUCGCUCUUGGAUACGGGUCUGGUCAGAUUAUAGUCCUUGAAUUCGCCUCCUAUUGA